UUUUGCCCCCCUGUGUCCAGCACUGAAUAAAAUAUGUACCUACUUUACAACCCUUUGUUGUGGAGUUAUUAUCGUGUAUCAUUUUGGCGAGCCAGGGAGGAGGUUUCUGUCUGUCUGCAAGAAUCGAGCUAAGAACAGAGGAAUCCAGGCACGCACCGGGAGUUUCACGGAGGAGGAAUCUGACCUUGGCUCGCUUACUGCAGCUACAGAUAAGAGUCACUGGCAAACGGGUCAAAUGACUUGAAAGAUGCCUUCUUUUGACUUCCUCUCCAUGAAGCCAGUCAGAAAAUCUUUGCAUUUGAAUGGGAAACUAAAAGUGGACGCAAAACCCAGCUCACAUGGACACGACUUCCACAGGGGUUCAAAAACUCCCCUACCUUGUUUGGGGAACAACUUGCAAAGGAUUUAGAGGCUUGGGAAGCCCCACCAGAAGAAGGAAAGUUACUGCAAUACAUAGACGAUCUCCUAAUAGCCACUCGGACAGAAGAGGCAUGUGUGGCCUGGAGGGUGAGUCUCUUAAACUUUUUGGGACUACAAGGGUACAGAGUAUCAAAGAAAAAGGCUCAGGUGGUAAAGCAAAAGGUGAUCUACCUGGGGUACGAGGCUAGUGCCGGACAACGGACUCUGGGGCAAGACCGUAAAGAGGCAAUAUGCCAGACCCCACAACCUCGGACAAUGAAGGAACUGCGAACCUUCUUGGGAAUGACAGGAUGGUGUAGAUUGUGGAUCUACAACUAUGGGUUACUUGUUAAACCUUUAUAUGAACUCAUAGCAAAGGGGAAUAAAUACCUCCAGUGGACCAAGGAGGCCACUCGAGCCUUUUCCCAGCUGAAGGAAGCCCUUAUGUCAGCCCCAGCCCUAGGACUUCUGGACGUGAGUAAAACAUUCUUUCUGUUUUCCCAUGAAAAACUGGGGAUCUCCCUGGGAAUACUGGUACAGAACUUAGGCCCCUAUCGAAGGGCGGUUCUUACUUCUCCAAACAGCUAGAUGCAGUGGCCAAGGGAUGGCCAGGAUGUCUCAGAGCUGUGGCAGCGGUUGUAAUAAAUAUCCAAGAAGCAUGUAAGUUUACCCUGGACCAGAAAAUGACUGUACUCAUGUCUCACACAGUAUCUGCAGUGCUAGAAGUGAAAGGGGGACACUGGCUUUCCCCACAGAGGUUUCUGAAAUACCAAGCUAUCAUGGUAGAACAAGAUGAUGUAGAAAUAGAGGUAACCAAUAUUGUCAAUCCAGCUUCUUUCCUUAGUGGAAAUCAAGGAGAGCCAGUACAUCAUGACUGUCUGGAGACUAUUGAAGCCACCUACUCCAGCCACCCAGAUUUAAAGGACACUCCUUUCAAUUACAUGGAAACUUGGUUUACCGAUGGGAGCAGCUACGUCAUCAGCGGGAAACGACAUGCUGGGUAUGCAGUUGCCACCAGAAAGAAGGUAAUAGAAUUGGGGCCUCUACCUACAAAAACCUCUGCACAGAAGGCUGAGCUAGUUGCCUUGACACGUGCCUUGGAAAUGGCAAAAGGAAGGAAAAUAAAUAUAUAUACAGACUCAAGAUAUGCAUUUGGGGUUGUGCAUGCACACAGGGCUAUUUGGAAGGAAAGAGGAUUGUUAAACUCCCAAGGGAAAAACAUUAAAAAUGCACAAUAUAUAGUGCGAUUGCUGGAAGUGGUCCAAAUGCCUGAGAAAAUAGCAAUUAUGCACAUAAAGGCACAUCAAAAGGUGAGCUCGGAAAUGGAGGAAGGAAAUGAACUGGCGGAUAGGGAGUCAAAAGAAGCAGCAAAGGAUGAGAUAAUAGCUGAAACUUCCCUGAUUCCAGAUGGACAGAUAAUUCCUGAAGGGAAGCCAUCAUACAACAAGAAAGAUAAGGAAUUCGUUGAGGAACAAGGGGGAACAUAUAACCAGGAAGGAUGGGCUGCAACUGCAGAAGGGAAACUGGUCAUCCCCUCCCAUAUAUUAUGGUCUCUAGUAAGAGAACAACACAGAAAGACACACUGGGAAGUGGAUGCCCUGUAUCAUUAUCUAGUUGAGAAAAUUACUGCCAGAAAUUUGUAUACCACCAUCAUCCAAGUGACUCAGCAGUGUGAUCUUUUCCUCCAGACUAAUCCUGAGAAUACUCCCAAACCAAAACUUGGCCAGAUCGGAAGAGGUCACGGACCUGGGCAGCAGUGGCAAAUUGAUUUUACAGAACUCCCAAGAAAAGGGGGGUAUAGGUAUUUGUUGGUAUUGACAGAUACCUUUUCAGGGUGGCCAGAAGCUUUCCCCACUAGAACUGCGAAAGCUCGGGAAGUAACCAAAAUACUAUUGCAAGAGAUAAUACCAUUCUUUGGAGUUCCAGCCACAAUAUCCUCAGACAGAGGACCCCACUUUAUCUCAAAAAUAGUACAGCAGGUUAGUCACCAUAUGAGCAUAAACUGCACCCCUUACCAUCCUCAGUCAAGUGGUCAAGUAGAGAAAAUGAAUCAUUUAAUUAAACAACAAAUUGUGAGGCUAGGGCAAGAAGCUAAUUUGCCCUGCCCCAAUCUCUCCCAUUGGCAUUGCUGCGAAUUUGGACUAAGCCAAGAACUAAAGAAAAGUCGAGCCCAUUUGAAAUGCUUUAUGGGAGACCGUAUGGGAUACCGAAGGGAAUGUCUACUCAGAUUGGGGAAGAAACAAUGACCUCCUAUUUGAUAGCUCUGAGUAAACAGCUCAGAAAAUUUGAAAAACAUGUGGCUGGAUCUCGGAGAAGGGGGUUGGAUGGGCCAGUGCAUAACAUACAGCCUGAAGAUUAUGUUUAUGUUAAGUCUCUUGCAGAGAAAACCUUGGAACUACAGUGGGAAGGACCAUUUCAGGUAUUACUUACCACAUUCACUGCAAUUAAGAUUAAAGAACAGAACGCUUGGAUUCAUCAUUCACGAGUGAAGAAUGCCUCUAGAGCCCCUUGGAAAGCGACACUAGGUGAUAAUGAACUGAAAUUGAAACUUACUCGGGAAGGAUGAAUAGAUUCUGGGUAAAAAUGUUAGCUUGGAAAAUUGUGUGCCUCAUGAAUGUAGCCAUGACUGUAGCUGAGACUAAUGUAAAACCACACAUGUACCAUAUCGCUGGGAGGUAUGUUUGUCGAGGAAGAGCUUAUGACGCACACUCUCGUAAAUUGCUGAAUCAAAUGUUGAAGGUUACAAAUGCUAAGGUCUGGGAAGGUAGAAACAUUUGGGGUUGUGAAUAUGCGUUUGUUCAGAUUGGACAUCAUGGGUCUCAUCAAAAACCUAUGGAGCUACUCCAAAUUGAUUCUGAAUGUUGUAAAACCUGCCUGUCCGAUUGUGCUGCAUUUAGACUUGAAAUACAAGGGUGUGCAGUUAAGGGUAAUCAGUUGGAUUAUAACAUUACUCAUGAUUGUGUUGACCCUCAGGAUAAGGAUGAGGAAACAAAUUUGUCAACUCAGAGACCGGAGGAACCUACAGCUACUCAAGUUCAAACCACCCCAGGGAAAGUAGUCCAGCCUAUAAUCACUAAAAUUGGACCAUAUGCAGUCAAAAAAGUCGGGAUCCAAAGAUUAUUACUGAAUCCAGAAUGGUCCCUGAAGCGAGUAGACAUGGAAAUGCAGGUGAAUGCUUCAGCCAUUCGAUCAGAAUGCACCCUCUUUCUUAGAACUUCCUUUAUGGAUUGGAUUACUUGGCUGCACAAGUGGGUGCCUGAUACUUUUAGGCAGAAAAGGGAACUUACGGGGAUACUAGGAAGAGGACUGGGGAUCCUGAACACAAUAGACUCAGAGGUAAUAAUGAACAAAUUGACUGCAACUGGCAGUGAUGUAGUUAAACUACAACAGCCCUUACAAUCUUCCCUACUAGCACUAGGUACAAGUCAGUGGAGAUUGUCUAAGAUCUUAGCAGAAUGGGAAGACAUAGAAGAACAGGAUCAUGGCUUAAUAGUAAAUGCCAUGGGGACAGCUAACGAAAAUAUGUCCCUGGCUCUUGGAUGCGUGCAAGCACAAUUAUGGAUGCAAUCAGUGGCUGCUUCAAUCAUUAGGGAAGGCAGUGAAGGCACAUUCCCUGCUGAGAUUUGCAAAAUUGUCUGGGAUCAUGCCUCUGAUUUAGAGAGAGAACUUCAAUCAUGGUGGAUCCUGGUUAAUUUCACAUAUAAUCCUGUCAUGAGCAUGGUAACUGCCUUCGUUCUAACGAUACGCAAUGCAUCAGUAAGUCUGAUAUACCCAAUAGUAGCCCUAGGACUAAACCAUAAGGGAACCAUCUUAUGUUCUUCUGAACACGGGAUGUGGGCAUGGAAGUUUGAAGGGGAAUGGAAAACCAUUCAUAUAGAAUCGUGUACCAUGAGAAAACAACUAGGGUUCAUAUGUGAGAGGAAUGUAGAUAUUGAUCAAGAUGCUUGGAUACAGAGCAGAGCAUUUGUCACUUUGAAGUCCACUUGAUCAAUCAAACAACUUCACUUGUGUAUGUAGGUCAGGGCUGUGUAUGUCUCAGGACUUCAUGCCCCUCAAUAACAGUGGAUGAGCUAAUCAUAAAUGAAACCCAAUCCAAUUUAUGCAUCUGUAAUUUUAUCAGAAUCGAGGGCUGUGACUUUUCUUAUCGAGGACCCGUGAUAUCUCAUCAGCAUAUAAAGGCAAAUCUGACUACGGUACAAGAAAUAUCACCCGUGCCCAUAGGGAUGAAUUUAACUUUGGUCAAACAGCUAUUAAAACAUGAAGAGUUGAGAAGAAUUCUCAAAGAAAGUAGAGAGAUGGGAAGGAAAACUCUGAUUACCGUACAUCAUGACACAGAGGCCAUAAAAAGAGUCUUUAAGAGACUUGAAACAGACACAUCUCACCAAUGGUGGGAUAUAAUAUUUGGAUGGUCACCAACAGGGACUGGGUUCCUUAAUGCAUUAGUUCAUCCAACCAUUGUGUUACUCAUCCUGAUUGGCAUGAGCAUGGUUCUGUCUGUUGCAAUGCUAAUUUGGAACUGGAGGAUGUUGCAACAAAUAGCAAUGUUAACCUCGCUGUCAGCAGUACAUGGCAGGGCAUUGAGUGAUGCAUAUCGUAGAAAAGGAGAAAAGGGAGUUUGGCAUUAAGUAAAAGAAUUUACUAUUUUCUAGAAAAGAGGGGAUUGAAACAGGGGAUUUAAGGGUUAAUAGGUAAUUUAGAAUGAUUUAAGCAAUAGAUGCAUGAACAUAUGCUGUACAUUAUGGACCCCCUGAAGAAAAUCUGUUACCUAUCAAAAUUGUGCUGAGCUGACAAGAAAAAGGGGGGCCUCUGAUGGAAAUUGCUGAGCUUGCUGAAAAUGCGAAGCAAAAAGUCGACUGCACAUGCGAAGACAUCUAAGUUCGAAAGUUCAGUGGUGAGGAAGACUAGAACAGCUUCAUCUCACCAGACCCCAGCCUCAUUUUUGGGACCACUGACUCAAUAAAAGAACGAACUACGUAGUCACAGCUAAUUUCCAUACUAUGCGGAGAAUGGGUGGGGAUAGUUAUUGAAUAUGUAUAGGCGCUAUCGAAUAUGCAUGACUUUUGUGAAUAAAUACGGAGAUUUGGGAAGCUGGGGUACACAGGAUUUGGGAGGAUUUUGCCCCCCUGUGUCCGGCGCUGAAUAAAAUAUGUACUUACUUUACAA